CUCUUACACUGGGAGGGCAGGAUCUACGCCAGUGCUACGCUAGUGCUUCUGGACAAAGAUGGACUUCUCUAUGACCAUUUUUGCAGGCUUCUAUUUUAUCGUCUGUGGUUCCUGCACAAACAUCAACGUCAUUUCUACCGGAGACUACAAGAUGUACAAUACACACGACUACGGCGUUGACGUCAAGAAUAGGUCAGCAACUCUCUUCAGGGUCAAGGGGUGCAACGAUGGACACAUACGACUGUAUGAUGGCCACGACUUCAGCACAGCCAAGAACGCCUACAUUUUGCUUGGUGGAUGGGGAAAUGAUAAGUGUUUGAUGGAGCCGUGCAGUAGUUGUUCAACCCGAUACUCGCAAAGAUACCGGUACUUGAAUUGUAACGAGAUGAGGCCAAUGUGGGUCAACUGGACUGGCAGACUGCUUAGCGUCGGUGAAGGGGCUUACGUGGGAGAACAAACCUUCAUGUUUACUGAACAGCAGAGGGACUUUGAGGUCCAAUAUUUUGCAGUUGGAUCCGGUUGGAAAGCAAUAUUUGACUGGGAAUUUGAUGGCUACCCCGGGAAUUACUUUGAGCGGGUGGUGCCUUAUGGUUGGAGUACACGCAAAAUGUUGUCUUCAGUGACGGCCACCUCUAUGGUAAACUGCAUCGAAAUUUGCCAAGGCAGGAUCAGUUGUAGGUCAGUCAGCUACCAGAACACAACCAACACCUGCCAGUUAUACUUUGAACGAGCACGACCCGUUGAUAUCCACCCUGACAACACUUGGGAAACAUGGAUGGACAGAAAUGUGUGAAAUAUGCUCCUUAUGACUUUGAUGGGUAUUGCGACGAAAACACAUGUACUGGGCCAUUCGUGACCCACUCGUGUUAUUCAAGCCGAAUAGCGAUUUGUGCGCCUCUCGAAGGAUUUCACAUCCGUGUGUGGGUAUCAGAACUACAUCAAACAAGACGGAGAACUCUAUUUCUGUUUUAUUCUAACAUUUAUAAACGUUACUGAACCAAUCGUUGAACUGUUGGAAACAUAUUCUAAUGUGAUUAUUGCCAGUUGUACACCUUUCAUUUCCAAAUGUACAUGUCUAAAUACGGUUUAAGAACAGCAAAUGGGAUUUCUCUUCCUAAAUAGGCAAUUAAAAUAACAUUUGAUUUCAGCUGUAAUUAGUCCCAAAAUAGACACUCAAAAAUGACAGAAAAAGCAACUGAAACAAACGCACGUGUGUGUGUAUUUGGAUCUCUCACCGUUUAUGGCCCUAUCCUUAUCAAAAACGUUAAAUUAGGCAACGCGAUUCUGUUAGCUAUGUUCUUUGUAAUGCAAACUGACUAAGUAUAUAUUUCAUGAUUUAAAAAAAAUAUCACAUACUUCCAUACCAGAAUAAAAAUUGCCGGGGAUAUGUUAUCAAAGUAGCCCAAUCCUUCCGCGUAUUCGAGCAUUGUCGAUUUUCGAUGGCAAUCAUCGAUAGAUUAGUUGCUUCCAGCUGCUAACAUGCUACCAGAAAAUUGUCCUUGGUUCCACUCCACAAAAUGGUGGCCGAGAUAGGACAUUGAUCUAGCGAAUACGAUUCAAAUACGAUUAUACCAUUCUCCAGGUAUACAUAUAUUCAGAAUACUCCACCAUCAGUGCAGUGAGGUGAAUAUUACCAUCAUUACCUAUAUUGCUCUAAUCACUGCUUCUUUUUAUUAAACAGCGUUUGAUUUUACCUGCCACCGUAAUACCUUUGUAGUGAUUUGUAUUAAUUUGUAAAAGCACUUCACUUAAGAAUACAGUUGUUGAUUACAUCCCAUCUUUAUGUCGUUUGUUGGUUUUACACCAAGUUUUUUCCUUUUGUUCUGGUUAUAUUUCAACUUUGAAAUAAGUAUGUAUAGAUGUCUACAGCACACAGAGAUGUGUUUAUUUCAUUUCCUCAAUGGGGUGUAUCUGCAUUCAAUAAUAUAUGCAUUAUAAAAAAGAUGGGCGUUUGACACGUUACUCGUGUUAUUAUAGACGUACAAUUUCCCUCUUAAGCACUGUUAAUAAUACUGUCUGUUGAAUGUCCCACUAAAAUUGUAAAGGUACCCACAAAUAUGUUGUUGUGAUCUUGUCUGUAAUCUGA